AAUGGAUAAAAGAAUGAAAAAGUGGAUGGUAAUAUAAAAGUCUAAUGUACCUUGAUGAAUGUCUGGAAGAUUAUCUCCACGAAUGAACAUUUCCCUAUCCAUUUAUCUUUUGUCCAGAUGAAUGGAUAAAAUAAUUUAACUGAGAGACUGUAUAGGAGCAGGGAAACUGAGAGUAGUGGAAGUUCAUUAACAUGAAAGAAUGCAAAGAGGAAAUUAUUAUUGUUCGUGAAUAAGUGAUUUCCUCAGGAAGACAGCAUAAUUGUUGAAAAAGUAGUAAUUGGAAAGAAGAGUUUUUGUCUUAGGUCUUGAACAAAUUGAUACCCAUGAAUUGAAGAGUUCAAAGCUUUAAAUGUGACAAAGAGCCCAAUAGAGGCAGGUGAAAAGGAGGGCAAAUGGACCUGUCUUGCCAGCCAGAUAAGCUGAGACAACCCAGGCCAUUCAUGAAAUCUUGGUAAGUAGGAGAGGCAAGGAUAGAUAGUCUGGUGAACUAAAUGUAUUAAUGCAAUAAAUUAUGGGACUUGAUAGUAUGUGGGGGUCUUAAAAUGUUAGGCAGAAACCAUGGAUAAAACUGUAUAUUUGUCUUCUUUACAGGAUAGUGGCCCUAGAAUCUAAGCAGGAGUUCCAGCAUGAGAGGUACUUCCCACAACAGCUCAGGGUUUCCUCAUUUCAUCUUGACAGGACUCCCUGGGCUGGAGACCUCUCAACACUGGUCUUUUUUGCUCCUUGGUGCUCUCUACAUUGUCUCCAUUGUGGGCAAUGCCCAUAUCCUUUUCAUUAUCAAGAAGGAGUGGAGCUUGCACCAGCCCAUGUACUACUUCCUAUCCUUGUUCUCAGUUAAUGAUCUAGGUGUGUCUUUUCCCACACUACCCACGGUUCUGGCCACAUUUUCCUUCCACUUAAGGGAGAUCAACUUUUAUUCUUUGGCCCAAAUGUUCUUUAUCCAUCUCUUUUCCUUUGUGGAGUCUGGCAUCCUGCUGGCCAUGAGCUUCGACCGCUAUGUGGCCAUCUGUAUCCCGCUGCGCUAUGCCACAGUGCUCACUGAUGCUCGUGUGGUGCAUAUGGGCAUGUCCAUUAUUAUCCGCAGUUUCUGCAUGGUUUUCCCACUGCCUUUCCUUCUGAAGAGAUUACCCUUCUGCAAGGCCAAUUUCCUCUCCCAUGCCUACUGCCUGCAUCCAAAUCUGAUCUGCCAGCCCUGUGGCGACAUCACCAUCAAUUGUAUGUAUGGUCUAUUCAUCGUCAUCUUUACCUUUGGCCUGGAUUCUGCCCUCAUCCUCCUCUCCUAUGUGCUCAUACUCUGCUCUGUACUUGCCAUAGCCUCCCGGGAGGAGCGAUUAAAGACUCUUAACACCUGUGUGUCACACAUGUGUGCUGCGCUCAUCUUCUAUGUGCCCAUGGUGUGUGUGUCUAUGGCUGCUCGGUAUGGGAGGCAUGCCCCAUGGUAUGUACACACACUCAUGUCCCUUAUCUAUCUCUUUGUGCCUCUGAUGCUCAACCCUGUCAUCUAUUCCAUUAAGACCAAACAGAUUUGUCAGAGGCUUUGCAAAAUACUACUGGCAACCAGGAUUUGAGCAGGAGACUUGUUGAAAAGAAGAGAUUCAGAGGAUGUUUAUCCUUACUCCGCAAAUUUGAGUUUUCAAGACCUGCUUCAACAGGGCAUUUUAAAUAUCCUUUAGGGCACUGACCUUCCAUUAGGAUUCCAGCUAUCAGUUGUUGCAUCCUGGCAACAGUUAAGUCUAAACCUAACAGGUUUUGCCAAGUUAAAUUGGGCUAUAAUUUUUUUAAAAAAGUAAUUGCUUAAUUUCCUUCUUUUUAAAUCCAAGAAUAUGCAUUCUCAUAAUUAAUCCUUCAUCUUGUCACAAUAUGUUGCUAUUAUCUUUUGUUUAAUGUGAAUCAUCAGAAAGGAAAUUACUGAUUACCAUGGAUACACUGUCGUAAUGGGGGAAGGAUUCUUUUGCCAAGUAUUAUGUCAAAGAGAUAUUAGUUAAAAUCACACACACACACACACACACACACACACCCCACAACCCAAUAACUAUGCAUGCCACUGUUUAUUUCAUAUAACAUGCACCAUCCACUUAGUGUUUAAAAAUGAUAUAAGUGUAAUUGCAUGUAAAUUAUAUUAAAUUAUUUAAAAUUAAGUAAUAUUAAAAGUUGGUGAAGUUUGUAGGAUAAUUUAUAUUGUAUGUCUGUGUGUAUAGUAACAGAGAAUUAAGAA